UGAAGACAAGAGAUAAAGGGGACGUAUAUAACAGGAGACAGAAUGAACGAGAGAGUAGGACAAUGAAGAGGUUGGGGGAGGUAGACUGAAAGAGAGGUGGGAGAGAGAGAGAGAGAGAGAGAGAGAGAGAGAGAGAGAGAGAGAGAGAGAGGGAGGAGGAUACACAGCACUGCGGUGCUACAAGGACACCGAGCUUCACUGAGAGAGACUCUCAGCCUGAACACCGUACGACACGAACCUACUGUGGCCAGCAGGCAACGUGCAGAAUACACUCUACAGCAUCUACUUUAUCAGGAGCAUCUCUUUUUUUUUUGCAAUUCAGGACUUUUCAUCUGGACACUAUUCACAAGAUGUCUUUUUUCUUUUAGGAGCCCGGUAAAUGCAGGGGUUGUGUUUUUUUGUGAGGAAAUCGAGCAUCAGUUCUCUGUUCGUAUCUCUGUCUCGUGUAUGAAUGAGAGUGUGUGAGUGAGCAAAUCUCAGGGUCACACCGUUGCUGGUUGAAAUCAAGCUCUCGUAAGCCACGGUGCUGUGCAAGAGGAGCCCGAGGCAGACGCAGACACAGGGUUUUGGAGAACACAAGAACUGUCAGGUCAAGAAGUGCCAUGAGUGAGUCCAAGAAGCGGGAGGUGGAACUGAGGGAUAAAGCCAUCAUGCACCAGCAGAGGAGACUGAAACAGGCCACCCAGUUCACGCACAAGGACUCAGCUGACCUCCUGCCACUGGACGGUCUCAAGAGGCUGGGAACAUCCAAAGACUUGCAACCUCACAACAUUGUGCAGCGGCGCCUCCUUGAGGGUAAUAUCUCCCGGCUGUGCGGGGAGGCACGUGACACCCUGUCCCGUGUCCGCUCACCUCUCGCCGAGAGCAAGGAAGGUGCUGAGGCAGAGGAGAGGAGCGAAAGCACCAUCGAUGACUCCACUGAAGAGAAAGAGUCACCUGAGGAGAGCGAAAAAAGUCUGAGAUCUGAUGAGGAGGAUGAGGAGGAUCAACAUAGUGAUCACAGGGAUGCUGUUGGAAAGGCAGGGCACAAAGAGGCAGGGAUGGACAGAGGAGAAGAAGGAGAGGAGGAGAGAGAGAGAAUGCCCGUCCUCUCAGCUUUGCAGGUCCAGUGUAAGUGUGGUGAUGCUGAGGUGAAAGUGUCCAUUAACACAGGCUGUCAGUACAACCACAUCUCCAGUACAUGCUGCAGAAGGCUGGGACUGAAAAUCAGUCCCAAGAUCAAGCCUGUCAGUGAAUCCAUGCAUGCUGCUGUGACUUGUGUGCAGAUCCUGAUUGGUAGUGAAAGAGUGCAGUGUACUGCUCAGGUCAUAGACGACGAAGCGUUUGAGCUGUGCCUGGGCCUACAGACUCUCCUGGAGCUCAAAUGCUGCGUUGACCUGAACAGCAGAGCGCUCCGCCUGCACACCACCGGCGAGGAGCUGCCCUUCCUGGAGACACCCUGCUGCAGCCAGUGCCAUCACCGUGACAACAGCAAAAACCUGUGACCCUUGACCUCACCCUCUAUCAAGCUCCCACUAAAUCUGAGUGGCAAUCUGAACCACAGCCAUUACUUUCCUUCUUUUUUCCUUUUCCCUAGUUUUUUCCUCCCUACAGCCUUUUGUGUUGGUUUGUGUGUCGAUUAUCUCUGAAUCAUUAUUUUGUGCUCAAUUUGUGGUACACUGAACGAGAAGAUGAGAGAUCAUACCACAUGGAGAUGGUCAAGCCAGAACAGUAAACAAAACUUUUAAUGGACCAAAAGUGGAUCAAAAUAUUAGCCAUAAAUGCCUGUGAGUUAUCACAACAUUAGAUUUUCUCAAUUGAAAUUUUCUUAAACGAAGCACAGACAUGACGUACCUUGUCAGUGUGUCACUAGAUGACCCCUCGGUCAUAAAGCUAAACUCAAUCAUAAAAAUAAAAAACAUUUAAAAUAUUUUUAAAUAGAAAUAAUUUACGUGAAACUAUUUGUUUAAAGCAAAGCAAAACAUAAAAUAUGUUAUAUAGCCACAUUUAACAAGUAUUUCUUAGUAUAAUAUUAAAAUAAACCAAAUAUGAUAUUCAAUCAGGGGGCACGGUGGUUUAGUGGUUAGCACGUUUGCCUCACACCUCCAGGGUUGGGGGUUCGGUUCCCGUCUCCGCCUUGUGUGUGUGGAGUUUGCAUGUUCUCCCCGUGCCUCGGGGUUUCCUCCGGGUACUCCGGUUUCCUCCCCCAGUCCAAAGACAUGCAUGGUAGGUUGAUUGGCAUCUCUGGAAAAUUGUCCGUAGUGUGUGAGUGUGUGAGUGAGUGAAUGAGAGUGUGUGUGUGUGUGCCCUGCGAUGGCUUGGCACUCCGUCCAGGGUGUAUCCUGCCUUGAUGCCCGAUGACCCCUGAGAAGUUCGGAUAAGCAUUAGAAAAUGAAUGAAUGAUAUUCAAUCUAUUUCUAGACUUAUUUAUAAUUUAAAAAAAAUGUUAAAUUAGUUUGUUCCAUUGCCAGAUAAAUCAUCUGUUUCUAUAAAGAAGCAAAAUGAUUAUUUUUAUAAUCUAAUAAUUCUAUUUGGUUUAUUGUAAUCUAAUUCAAGAUCAUUUCCCUUGCUAAGAUGUUUUAUUUUUUCCAAGAUUAUAUCCAUAGCACUUAUCUGAUCCUGAUUCCUAACUGAAGAUUCAAACAUUCCAGCCUUCUGCGAGAUUUUCUAGAUCUAUAGAUAUAUAGAAAUACAAUCCCAGUCUUUUUAUAUUUUGAAAUGCUCUUUAUAUAAAGUGUGUGAGGGGUUCUGUAUUUCUGUGGCUGAUUCUAUGCUUUUUAACAGCUUCUGUUUAACCCUUUCAAUAGGAAUAUAUAGAAAGCUGGUCCAAAAUAAAAAAUCUUUUUUUUGAACCCAAGGCUUUCCUUUUUCUUAGCUUCACUUCACUCCUGUCCUGUGUUAGUUUGAGCUCUUUGUGGCUCGGCUUCCCCUAACUGCCAUAACUGAUCUACUGUGCCUAAUACUGCCAUUUCUGAGAUCAUUUAGUCCUUCACAGAAACUGCAGCGCUGACAAACUGUCAAGCACUUGCCCUUGAUCUCUAUUAAAAUGUGUGAGUAAGUGAGAGGAACGCUCAAUCUGCUAAUUAUUCUAGCCUCUCUCACCGUCUCCGCUGCGACAGAUAUCGGAUCAGAGAUUAGUCCUGCUUUGAUUACACUCUGCAUCUCUGUCUGCCUCUGGGGUUUUAAAAAAAUUGUAUGCUGUAAAUGAAGGUGUAUGAAAGAGACGAUCAUUGGCCUGUUUUUUCUUUUCUCUGUCUAAUAAAAAAUGUAUUCUGCCUAUGA